GCGCCGCCGCGCCCGGCAGCGAGCCGGGCCCCGAUCCCGGCCCCGGGAGGCACGGCGGCGGCAGCGCGGAGCGGGCAGAUGCAGCGGGGCCGGGCGGGCGGGCGGGUUCCGCGGGAGAGGCGGAAGGAGGAAGUGGCGCGGCCCUCGGUUCCCUGCGGGAGCGGCCCCCCGUGCGGGCACGGCGGCGCGGCCGCCUUGGCAGGCGCCGUCCUGCCCCACGCCAGCGAGCAGAGAGCCGAGCGCCGCACGUCUAACCCCAGAGGGAAGUUAGGAACAAGGAUUUCCUUUGUGCGCAGCACGCAGGGUCAAAUUUCCAGCGUCUUGCCGUAGCUGGGAUCGAAUUUGCAAGUACCUGAAGGGUUGGAUCCCUCGGCCCAGAUUCCCAGAGAUCAAAGGUGACAAGAAUAGUGGAGCAGAGAAAUUAAGAAUGAUGCAGAGAACACAGAUGUGAAGAGCAAAAGAGAGAGGAAGGAGCUGAGCCCGGUGCAGAGGGGGAAAGGAGAAGCAGCAGCCUAAAUCUCCUUCCCAGGUGGGUGACAAUGCCUGUCGAAAGGAUGCGGAUGCGGCCCUGGCUGGAAGAACAAAUCAACUCUAACAGAAUACCAGGGCUGAAAUGGCUAAACAAGGAGAAGAAGAUUUUUCAGAUUCCCUGGAUGCAUGCCGCAAGACAUGGUUGGGAUGUUGAAAAAGAUGCUCCCUUAUUUAGAAACUGGGCAAUUCACACAGGAAAAUACCAGUCAGGAGUAGAUAAACCUGAUCCAAAGACAUGGAAGGCAAACUUCCGUUGCGCUAUGAACUCUCUGCCUGACAUAGAAGAAGUGAAGGACAAAAGUAUAAAGAAAGGAAACAAUGCCUUCAGGGUGUACCGGAUGCUGCCCUUGUCUGAAAGACCUUCCAAAAAAGGAAAAAAGACGAAAUCUGAGAAGGAUGACAAAUUCAAACAAAUUAAGCAAGAGCCAGUUGAAUCAUCUUUUGGGAUGAAUGGGCUAAAUGCUGUCACUUCUGACUAUUUCCUGUCCUCCAGUAUAAAAAAUGAAGUUGACAGUACAGUGAACUUUGUAGUUGUAGGACAGCCACACCUUGAUGGCAGCAGUGAGGAGCAGGUGAUAGUUGCCAACCCUCCUGAUGUUUGUCAGGUGGUAGAGGUGACCACAGAAAGUGAUGAACAGCCUCUCAGCAUGAGCCAGCUGUACCCUCUACAGAUCUCCCCUGUCUCAUCCUAUGCAGAAAGUGAAACAACUGACAGCGUUCCAAGCGAUGAAGAAAAUGCAGAGGGACGACUUCAUUGGCAGAAAAAAAACAUUGAAGGCAAACAGUAUCUCAGCAAUCUAGGGAUGAGGAACACUUCUCAUAUGCUUCCCAGCAUGGCAACUUUUGUAGCCAACAAGCCUGACCUCCAAGUCACCGUCAAAGAAGAAAGCUGCCCACUGCCUUACAAUAGCUCCUGGCCUCCUUUUCCAGACAUCCCUCUGCCACAAGUAGUGUCCACAGCCUCCACAAGCAGCAGCCAGCCAGACCGCGAGACACGGGCCAGCGUCAUCAAGAAAACAUCAGACAUCACUCAGUCAAGAGUCAAGAGCUGCUAAGCCUUUGACAGUGUGGUUUUUUAGCUUUGUUUUGUUUGGUUUUGUAUUUUACGUUUCUCUAAGAGAGGUUCAUCCCUUGGCGCACACGAGACAAACCCUAAGGUAAAGCCUUGGCAAUAGAAAACAUUGCAGUGUCUGACUCCGGUGCCGGAGUGUUUUUAACUCAGGACUCCAGCAGUCAGUGUGUAUACCUGAACCCAUAUUUCCAAGGUUGCUACAUAGGAAAAGAACCCAAGAACUUUGGCCCACUCACAGGUUCCAGUGUUUCAUAAGAGGACCAACCGACCACAAGGGAAGUGGUGCUGCUGCGCUUCUUGCUGUCAAGGCUGUGAUGGAACUGAAAGCCUCAGAAUGGGAGAGAAAAUGUGAACUAGCUGGAAUAUUUUUAAAUAAAGAAAAAUCUAUUGUGAAUAUUGUACAUAGUGCAGUACUAGCAAAGUUGCAGUCUGCUUCUGCACCUUAUUAAGAAAGCACUUACAAAAGGCCUUUUAUUACCUUGCUCUACUUAAUGGCACAUUGAAGGUCCCUCUCCACCCGUAUUCUUCUUCAAGGCUGUUCUUGCUAAAGUGUCUUUAAAGAAUAGAGAAAGGGAAAGGAAACUAAAACUUUCCAUGUGGUUUUCCAAUGUUCUGAGACUGCUUUCAUCAUGUUUGUUUCUAAUCUGCUAUGCUUGAAUGCCGCGUGGUACAAUAGAAAAAAGAAAAGAUACUUAUUACAGAGAUAUUAUGCAAAUUCCCAGAUUUAAAAAAGAAGAAAAAUACUCUAAUUCUAACCAGAGCAAGCUUUUUUAUUUUUUAUACAGGGGAAUAUUUUAUUCAAAGUAAAAUUCUAAAGUGAAUAUAAUUUUUUUUAAUCUUUUCUACAGCAAAAUUUAUAAUUUUAAGAUUCAGUCCUUGGUUAUCAGCAGUUAUGACAUCCUUGUGGCACAUUUUUUUUUAAUUUUGUAAAGGUGAAAUAGCUUUUAUGAGCUCAUGUAGCAAUCAGAUUAUCCUGUGGAUUGAUAAUAAAUAUGGUAUAUAGUUAAAUUUUUAAUAA